CGGCCCGGUGCGCCCGGGCCCCAGCCCUCCCACACUUGUUGCGGUGAGCGGCGGCCGGGGCCGGAGGAGGGGCGGCCCGGGACAGCCGCCAGCAUGAUGCACGUCAACAGCUUCCCCUUCCGGAGGCACUCCUGGAUCUGCUUCGAUGUGGAUAAUGGUCCGUCCGCGGGACGGAGUCCCUUAGAUCCCAUGACCAGCCCGGGCUCCGGGCUCGUCCUCCAGGCCAAUUUCGUCCAUGGCCAGCGCAGAGAGUCCUUCCUGUACCGCUCCGACAGCGACUAUGACCUCUCCCCGAAGUCCGUGUCCAGGAACUCCUCCAUCGCCAGCGACAUACAUGGAGAUGACCUGAUCGUGACCCCGUUUGCUCAGGUCUUGGCCAGCCUGAGGACGGUCCGGAACAACUUUGCUGCGCUGACCAACAUGCAGGACCGGGCACCCAGCAAGCGGUCAGCGAUGUGCAGCCAGCCGUCCAUCAGCAAGGCGACCAUUACAGAGGAGGGCUACCAGAAGCUGGCCAGCGAGACCCUGGAGGAGCUGGACUGGUGCCUGGACCAGCUAGAGACCCUCCAGACUCGCCACUCCGUCAGCGAGAUGGCCUCCAACAAGUUUAAGAGGAUGCUGAACCGGGAACUGAGCCACCUCUCCGAGAUGAGCCGCUCGGGCAACCAGGUCUCCGAGUACAUAUCCAACACCUUUUUGGACAAGCAGCACGAGGUGGAAAUCCCCUCCCCGACCCAGAAGGAGAAGGAGAAAAAGAAGAGGCCGAUGUCCCAGAUCAGCGGGGUGAAGAAGCUGACGCACAGCUCCAGCCUCACCCACUCCAGCAUCCCCAGGUUCGGCGUGAAGACUGAGCAAGAGGACCCUCUGGCCAGGGAACUGGAAGAUGUGGACAAAUGGGGCCUUCACGUUUUCAGAAUAGCGGAGUUUUCUGGGAACCGGCCUUUGACAGUCAUCAUGCACACCAUUUUCCAGGAGCGGGAUCUGCUGAAAACAUUUCAGAUUCCCGUGGACACCUUGGUUACGUACCUGAUGACGCUCGAAGACCAUUACCACGGCGAUGUAGCGUACCACAACAACAUCCAUGCGGCCGACGUCGUGCAGUCCACCCAUGUGCUGCUGUCCACUCCGGCCUUGGAGGCCGUGUUCACGGACCUGGAGAUUCUCGCUGCAAUCUUUGCCAGUGCGAUCCAUGACGUGGAUCAUCCUGGUGUGUCAAACCAGUUCCUGAUCAACACCAACUCUGAACUUGCCCUGAUGUACAAUGAUUCGUCAGUCCUGGAGAACCACCAUUUGGCUGUGGGCUUUAAGCUGCUGCAAGAGGAAAAUUGUGACAUUUUUCAGAAUCUGACCAAGAAGCAAAGACAAUCACUAAGGAAAAUGGUCAUUGACAUUGUGCUGGCCACAGACAUGUCCAAACACAUGAACCUUUUGGCUGACUUGAAAACGAUGGUCGAGACUAAGAAGGUGACAAGCUCGGGCGUUCUCCUCCUGGAUAACUACUCAGACCGGAUUCAGGUCCUCCAGAACAUGGUACACUGCGCAGAUCUGAGCAACCCAACCAAACCCCUGCAGCUGUAUCGGCAGUGGACAGACCGCAUCAUGGAAGAGUUUUUCCGGCAGGGAGACCGUGAGCGGGAGCGGGGCAUGGAGAUCAGCCCUAUGUGUGACAAGCACAACGCGUCAGUGGAGAAGUCCCAGGUGGGGUUCAUAGACUACAUAGUUCAUCCUCUCUGGGAGACCUGGGCCGAUCUGGUCCACCCCGAUGCCCAGGAUAUCUUGGACACCCUCGAGGACAAUCGCGAAUGGUACCAGAGCACAAUCCCGCAGAGCCCCUCUCCAGCCCCCGAUGACCUGGAAGAGGGUUUGCAGGGCCCAGCGGAGAAAUUCCAAUUCGAGCUGGCCCUGGAGGAGGAUGGUGAGACGGACACGGAGAAGGACAGUGGGAGCCAGGUGGAAGAAGACACCAGCUGCAGCGACUCCAAGACUCUCUGUACCCAGGACUCAGAAUCCACUGAGAACCCAUUGGACGAACAGGUGGGCGAGGAGGCCGAGGGCCGGGAGGAGCAGGAGCAGGAGCAGGAGAAAGAGAAGAAGGAAGAGGAGGAGGAGGAAGAGGUGGAGGAGGAGGAGCAGGAUCAGAUGGAACCUUGUGUGUUAGAACGAGAUGGUUGCCCUGACACGUAACAGUGUGAAGAUUGACCCUGUCUCCUCCUCUGUCCCCUCGUUGUUCCCCCGCCCUGCCCCCAUCCCCCUCUUUCUGUCUUUUUAAAUCAGACAUAUCUCCAUGUCCCCGCCGUGGCCACCCUCCCCCCUGCCCCCCGCCGUGGUCACGCCUUAGUGUCACCUGCCGGGAAGCUUGUUGAGCAACCCUGACCUUGAUCCCUCAGUUUGGCACUCAGGAAUAUUGUAUCCGCAAUCUUCACCCCUGUGGCAGGCAGCGGAGCGAGUGGCGAGGGGGGGCAUGCCCGCGGUGGCCGCUUGCCCGCGAUGGCCGCUGUGCCCGCGGUGGCCACUGUGCCCGCGGCAGCCCUCUGACCAGCCGGCGGCUAAGGGGUCUGGUCAGGCAGGCAGGCACAGGUCACUCCUCGGUGCCGUCCGGAGAGCUCAAUGUGCCCUACCCGGCGGCUCUUUUACUUUAUCUUUGAGUUUGUUUUUAAGUCCCAGGAGCUACACAAAGGGGAGCAGCUAACAGGGGCGUUCCGAGCAGGAGCGUUCCGACCGGACGCAGGACCGCAGCGGGAGGGUGUCGGAGGUGGGGCCUCGCCACCCACCUGGGCUUUUGCUCACCCGCUGCCAGUCGGAAGAAGAUGAUGAGCUGCAGAGACAGAGGCAUUUUCUCACUCCAAGUCUUCCUGACGCCCACCUGCCCGCCUGCCCACCCGCCCCGGGGAUGCGGGGCCCGCCGCUCCUCGGGGCCGCAUCCAAGGACCGAGGCCUUCUGUAGCGAGGCGGAUGGAGGGGCGAUUCUGUAGAAUAGACAGACAGGGUACAUACAGAACCUUCGUCGGCCACCGGUUGUCUUUUCCAUGGAGUGACUGGCGAGCUUUGAAGACAGAUCUGUGCUACACUGGAUUAUAUUUCUAAUUUUAGAAUUUUUUUUGCACCUUAGAUUUUCACAGCAAAUAACCGACCUGUAGCGAUUUGCGUUUGGUAUCCGGGUGACCUCCGUGGGGGCGGCAGCCGGUCGGAAGCCUUUCGAGAGGAGCCAGGUGACCUGGCUUCCGUUUCAUCCUUCUAGACCAGCUCCACCUAUCUGUCCAUCUGUCUGUCCGCCCAUCUUUCUGGUUCCCGGAGCCUCUGCUGCCCAUCUGACUCGCGGUCAGGAGGGUCUCGGGAACGCAUGGCUCACCCUGGGCAUUGUUGCGGGUGGGGAGGCGGGUUUCCAGGGAGCACUGGGGUGGCAGGGAUUUUCCCGCCGGUCUCUUCUGAGGCUCAGUUGGGUCAUAUGCCGGAAGGACCGCUCUGACCGGGAUGUUUGUCGUGCUCGAUCCGGUUUUGGGCGGGGGGGUGGGUGCGCAACGGAGGGCCCGGAGCCACAUGAGUGCUUCUACUGCCGGUGAUCCCAGGGCCCUGGCCCUUCCACCGUUUCAGCUCACGCCCAAGCUGGCCCGUAAUGUAGGAGAACGAACUGGGACCCCAACCCCGGCCUGGCCAGCCACUGCCAGAGGCUAUUCGGGAGCCCCACGCUGGCCUGGGAUGGGCAGCGGGGAAUCUGUGCCCCCCGGACGAGCCAGCGUCCCCGACCAGACACGGCUGACUCAUCCAGCCUCUCUUCUGGGAGAAACCGCUUGUACGGCGGCCGUGGUCGGGGUGCCAAGGGGCGGAGGGGUCAGAUGGCUCCAGAAAGCAAGCCCGGCUCGGACCGGACUUGACUGGUGGCCUCGCACCAGUCCCACCCAGUUUGUAAAUGGAAUCGACUGGGUCCCGGGGCUUCCGCUGUCUCAUUCCGCCUGGGUUCUGCCCCCGUAGGCACCGCCAUGAGUCGGGGUCGGAGUCCGUCCUUGUCCCCAUCUGGGAUCGGAUGGGGACUAGCUAGGGGAGAGGAGAGAAGACGGUGGGCCCGGAAAAAUGGGUCUUUUUACAAUGUAGCAUCUGCCUGGAAGAACCUGGGCGGUGGGUGGAGGAAGGGGUGGGGGGAGGAGGUCAGCACACCUGCUGUCUACCUCCGUGCGAGGGACGCCCCAGCUUUGGCCGCGACUGACCGGCGGGAGUUGGGGUGGCCGCAGCUCCUGUCCAGGAGCAGGGGUCGGCUGGGGGUCAGAUCCCUAGGUUGCGAGGAGCCCGGUCUGUCCAGUGAAAACGGGAGCUUCGAGGCGCCGGGCCGGAUGGGCAGGGCCAGGGCCGGGGGCGGGGAUGGGGAGUGGAGCGGGGAUUGGCUGCCGUCCAGCCUGCGGUUUGAUUUUUUCGGUCUUGAUCUGGCAGAAGAGGUCGCCACCCUGGGGAGAGGUGAGACGGGGAUGCUGCCGCGCUGUCGUUAGGGCCGCGGCUCUUCUCCGCUCCCCUUCUCCCAGGAGAUCUCUGCCCGCCCCCUUUUCCCCUUCCCCCCACCCCCGCUUCCCCACCCCUUUAGCCUGUAGAGGCCCUGCCGAGUGCCUGGAAUCUUAAUAAUGAAAAAAGCAAUAGCCGUCCCUAAACCAGACACUCGAACGGGUUAGACCUGCACUAACGGGAGACCGAUCCUGCGCACGCAUCGCUUCACAGCGAGCCAGUGACUACUCCACCCCCCUCCCCAAGAGCCUGGGGGCAUCAAAUGCACUGUACAGCCCCCCCACCCCCUCCCCCCACAGCCAGGGGGCACCAUCCUCUCCAUUCCCCCCAGCGGCCUCUGGGCGCGGCCAACGCUCCCUCCCCCACCCUCCAGCAGCCUCAAGGCUUGGGUCAUCACUCCCCACUUCCCCAUUCCCCCCCCCAGCAGCCACGGGGCUCAGCCCAACCCCCUCCCACACACACCCCCCACCCCCCAGCAGCCUCAGGGCGCAGCUCCAUGCACGGAUUCCCAAAGGGUACCCCUGCCCUCCCAUCCUCUCCCCCAAAGGGUAUCCUCUACAAAGGACUUCACAAAAAAAAAACCUUUGCUGCAAGAAAAUGCAACACGGGGGCCCUAUAGAACGGAAGGGGCAGAAAUCCGGGUCUGCAGAGAACGGUCGUCCCCGACCCCGUCCCCGUCUCCCUGCACCAGGCGCGUUAGCCGUGCGGUCCCCGAGCAUGGCGGCACUGGGUCGUCCGCGCCGGUUUCCUUUGUGUCAUUGCUCAAAUCUGUGACAUGACCGUGUAGACAGAGCAGAUGCCGCCAGAAAAACUUGAAUGAAAUGGAUUUUGCAGAAGGCUUUGUGAUCAUUUUUUAAUGCAUUAUUUAUUUUGUGCAGUGUGUGACUUCUCACCAAAUGACCUUAUCUGUAAUACAGUCCCGUUUGUCUGUUUACAACCACGUAUUUAUUGUAAUGUACAUACUGUAAUGUUAAUUGUAAAUUUUGAGUUCUCAUAAGUCAUCGCCCGUGACGGGGUGGUGUGGAGAUAUUUGGAAACUCUUGGUGAGAGAAUGAAUCGUGCGAACACUUACUCCUUGGAAAUUUUUUCCUGCUGCUGCACUAGAUAUUCUACGACGUCACCUUUAGAGCUCGAGGAUGGAAGGUUCGACGAGACGAGAUGGAUCGCAAAGCGGCAGGGCUUUGGUCCCAGGGCUGUGCCUUAAUUCUAGACUCGAUUUACUUCUCUUUUGCUGCAUUUGGAGGUGGGAGCAGGGGUCCGGGCCGUCCGACGGGCGGUUUCUGACCCAGCGGGUGACCGGCGGGAGCCGUCUGCCCGUAGCCCAAGCUCCACCCCUGCCCCCCUCGGGCGGGAAUCGCCCCAGUGGUCAUGGUCGGGGCCAGCGCCGUGGGGUUGUGCCAGCGGGCUCCACCGCCCUGACUCCCAUAAGCACACGGGACGGAAAGCCCCAGGCACUCCCGUUUCCAGCUCACCAACUGGGUAGCCGAAUGGUAGGAGUCGGGGAGGCAGAGGCGUUUUCUGCGUCCCUCCGGUGUCCGUGGACAACAGGACGCCUUUGCCCGGAGCCCGUCCCCUCCCUGUAGUGGCCAUACACGGCAGGGCGUUCACGCCCAGAGCCCGUCCACUCCUUGGCGUGGCCACGCACAGCCGGAUAUCCACACCCGAGGUCCGUCCACUCCCGGGGGUGCCCACGCCCAGCCAGACAUCCGUGCCUGGGGCUCACCAACUCCCUGGUGCCCGCGCAGAGCCGGACAUCCGCGCCCGCGGCCGGAGACACCCAUCAGAUAGGACCGGUCGUACUGACGAGCUCUUUCCUCCGCUGGCACGUGCGGCCUAGGCAGCGUGUGGGGGCACAUAGGGGUGAGGCGUGGGCCGCUGCAAGGGAAGCGUGGACCGGCGGGCAGGAGGGCAGUCAGGCAGGCACUCCGUCCCCAUUCCUCCAGUGCCCACCCGUCCACCUGUGGGAAGGGGCACUGGUCGGUGGGAGGGGAGGCUCUCUUUCAAGGAAAAACAUAAUCUCCCUUUUUUGACACAAACUGUAGAUCUUAGCAGCCCUGGCCCAAAGGAAUUUAAUUACUGUGGUUUUAAACGGUAGGAAAGGGACACUGUAACAGCCACCAAAUACCUGAACAUUGUUCGUGUUUUUAAUUUUGUUUUCCCUUGGGUUAUCUGUGGAGUGGCGACUUGUGUGGACCCUGCAGAUGCUGAUCCCAGUCUCUCCUCCAGCCCCCGGGCCCCGGGCCCACCACCGUAACCUUCCUCUGAGAUUUUUUUAUAUGCAAUGAAAUAAAAGCAUGGGUUGAUUCUG